AUGACUGAUUAUAGCGCACUUUCACGAUUGAAAAAUAUAGAAGCAAAAUGUAAACAAAAUCCUAAAUUUGGGGACGCUUAUUAUAAAUUUAUGACUGAAUAUAAAAACUUAGAUCACAUGAAAGCGGUUGGUGUAUAUCCCAAUGAUUUGGGAAGAAAUUGCUACUUUUUACUACACCAUGGAGUUUGGAGGGAAAGUAGUUCUACAACAAAAUUAAGAGAAGUGUUUGACGGUAGCGCUAAAAAUUGUACAAAAUCUUCAUUAAAUAAUGAAUUGGCUGCAGGGCCAGCACUUCAAAAUGAUUUACCUACUACUGUUAUACGUUGGAGACGCUUUAAAGUUAGCUUUCGAUCAGACGUAGAAAAGAUGUUUCGCCAAAUUAAUGUUAUAAAUGACCACCAAAAGUACCAACAAAUAUUGUGGCGUAAAAGUGCCAAUAGUGAUAUCAAUAUCUACAAAUUAUUGACAGUUACCUACGGUACAACUUCUGCCCCUUUUCUGACUAUGAGAGUACUACAUCAAUUAGCAGAAGAUGAGACUGAAAAUUAUCCAACAGCAGGUAAAGUGCUCAUCUUUGAUAUAUACGUUAAUGAUAUAAUUUCAGGUGCUGAUAGUUACGAUGAAGCUAUUCUGCUACAACAAUAG